UUCCUUUCUUCAUGCCCCAGAUGCUGAAAUACUACCAGAUAAAGAUUUGGAGUUUCAAUUGUAAAGAGAGGGAAGUGGAAAAAUCACUGCUGCCUUCUUUACAAUCAACGAAUUAUGGAGCAGUGUAUUUUUCCUGACCAAGAGGAAGACACUCAUAGCUAUUCGGAAUCUGUGAAAUUUGAUGCUCGCUCAAUGACAGCAUUGAUUCCUCCCAAACCUAAAAAUGGCCCUACCCUUCAAGAGAAACUGAAGUCCUUCAGAGCUGCACUGAUUGCACUUUAUCUCCUCGUGUGUGCAGUUCUCAUACCUAUCAUUGGAAUAAUGGCAGCUCAGCUCCUGAAGUGGGAAAUGAAAGAUUGCAGAGGUGGUUUGAUUAAUGCAAGUGAUACACCUCAAAGUCUAAUGGGAAGAGGAAAUGACAGUGAAGAUGAAGUGAGAUUUCGAGAAGUUGUUACGGAACACAUGAACAACAUGGAAAAGAGACUACAGUAUAUCUCAGAUACAGAAGCCAAUCUUAUAGAUUCAGAACACUUCCAGAAUUUCAGUGUGACAAUUGAUCAAAGACUUAAUGAUUUUCUUCUCCAGCUAAGUACCUUGGUUUCCUCAGUCCAGGAGCAUGGGAAUGCCAUAGAUGAAAUCUCCAAGUCCUUAAUGAGUCUGAAUACCACCUUGCUUGAUGUUCAGCUUUAUAUUGAAACACUGAGUAGCAAACUCCAAGAGUCUACACAUAAACAGCAAGAGGAAAUCAGUAAAUUACAGGAGCAUGUGCACAAUGCGUCAGCAGAAAUUCAGUCUAUGAAAGAAGAACAAGCACACGUGGAGCAGGAAAUAAAAAGAGAAGUGAAAGUAUUGAAUAACAUCACCAAUGACCUCAGACUGAAAGAUUGGGAACAUUCGCAGACAUUGAGAAAUAUCACUUUAAUUCAAGGUCCUCCUGGACCCCCAGGUGAAAAAGGAGACAGAGGUCCCAUUGGAGCAAGUGGUCUGCCAGGCAUUCCAGGCCAAAAAGGUUCUCCAGGUCUUAAAGGCGAUCGUGGAGCACCUGGCUUUCCUGGACGUACAGGAUACUCAGGACCACCAGGAAAGAUGGGGAGAACAGGUGCUCCUGGACAAAAAGGCCAAAAGGGAGAAAGGGGGAGUGGAAGCACAUUAGGUCAUCAAUAGAACUGACUUCCAAGAUCCCUUUUCGACUCCUUCAAAUGACCUUGGUUCCUGUGGCUUCUACAUGGCUUCCUCUCCUGAUCCUUGGUGCUGUUUGGGUCUCUGCUAUUAUGUUCAUACCAUUCCCCACUCCCCCUACCCUCACCUCUAUCCUCUAGUACCCUAGGCCCCUUGUGCUGACUGGUGGGAUGCUACAGUCCAUACUCAGGUUCCAGGGCAGCUGCCCACUGCUGUCCAUUCACCAACCUGGCUGAAUCUAUUUCAACCCAUUGGGUUCUAGGAGAAAUUUCAUGUAUACUGAUUAUAUAUGUAUUUUUAAAAUUAUUUUGAACAGGGAUAGGGAUGACACAGAAAAUCCAUCCAUCCAUUCAUUCAUUCAUUUAGCAUAUAUUCACUAUGUACCUCCUGGAGUUAGACAUAACAGUGAGUAAGAUAGAUAUUGUCUCUGUCCUGACAGAGACAACUGUUCCUGAGAGAAACACACAAAUAAACAGGCAUUUAUAGCAUAUAGAACUAUACUGGAGAACAGGGCUGUAUAGGUGUUCAAGGCAAUAUUUUUUAAUUCCUUCAAAUACCAAAAUUAGAUUUAUUUUGAUUUUCUUUGCUUACCUCCCUGUUAUCUUAGAUAACUUACUCAACACAUUUGAACCAAACCCAAAAUGUGUUUUCUUAAAUUACUUGUUCAUUUCAAACAGAAACACCUUUAUCAUGAAAAAAUUGUGCUGAUAAUGUUUUAUUCCAGAAAAACACUUUGCAUUUUAUGUUUUAAAUUGAGAUCCUAGAGAAGAAGAAAUAUUCCAGUGAAAUUGAAAAUAUUUUGCAUAGGUAAAGAAAGGGAAGGAAAUUUUUUAAAAAUUGGGAAAAGUAAGAAAAGGCAGACCAAAAAAAAAAUGGAUUAGGAAAGAUACGGGAUUCCAAGUUAUUUUUAAGUGCUUCCCUCUGGAUUAACACUACAUAUUCACAAGUCUCCUUUCCUUUAAGUUUUAACACAUAGUCCCAAGGUUCCCAGCAUCAAAUGCUAGCAAAAUUCUAAGUUGUACUUCUCCAUAUUCAUCCCCUACCCUGCCAAAAGGUUGUGUCAACACCUACCUCACAGGGUUGUUGUGAGGACCAGAUGAGAUGGUUUGUGUGUAUGACGAUGGUCUGUAAAAUCAUAAACUGCUUUAAAGUCAUAAGGUGUGUUUCACAGUGGUCUUUCUGAACUGAAACUUCUGUUUCUUACUGACAAAAUGCAGACAUUUUAAAUCUACCAAAAGAAUAGGAGAGAAAGCAGAAUGAAAAUGCAAGGAAGCCAAAUAAGUACCAGGGAGGA